AAAAUUUAAAGCAUGAUUAAAUACAAUACAGUAAGAGAGAGAGGGGGGUCUAAAUGUGACAUUUCCAUGUUGGUUUGCUUAUAAAGGAGGUUAAGAUAUUGGGUUCUCAUUUCUUUUAAGGAAAGAUAAGAGUAGAGAGAAAAAAGAAGAGGGGAAAAAACAAGAAAUCAAAGAGAUCAAGGUCUAAAAAACUGUGAAGAAAAUUGAUGGAGGAACAUCUCAGCCAGUUAGCUGUUACUCAUCUCCUUCAACACACACUAAGAAGCUUGUGCAUUCAUGAGAACUCUCAGUGGGUUUAUGCAGUCUUUUGGAGGAUCUUGCCUAGAAAUUAUCCACCACCAAAAUGGGAUGAUCAAGGAGCUUAUGACAGGUCAAGAGGUAACAGAAGAAACUGGAUAUUAGUUUGGGAAGAUGGCUUCUGCAACUUUGCAGCCUCAGCGGCUGAAAUCAACUCCGGAGACUGUCCUGGGUCCUCAGUCUAUGGAAGUUGUGAGUUUCAACACUAUCAAGGACUGCAACCAGAGCUUUUCUUUAAGAUGUCCCACGAAAUCUACAACUAUGGAGAAGGUUUGAUAGGAAAAGUGGCUGCUGAUCACAGUCACAAGUGGAUAUACAAAGAACAACAUGAUCAGGAAAUCAACUUCUUGUCAGCAUGGCAAAACUCUGCAGACUCACAUCCUAGGACAUGGGAAGCACAGUUCCUGGCCGGUAUAAAGACCAUAGUCUUGAUUGCAGUUAGAGAAGGUGUUGUCCAAUUAGGAGCUGUUCACAAGGUAACUGAAGACCUGAGUUAUGUAGUUCUACUAAGAAAGAAAUUCAGCUACAUAGAAAGCAUUCCUGGAGUACUGUUGCCCCACCCAUCAUCUUCUGUGUACCCUUUUAAAGUAGAUGCGUAUGGCACACCAGAAGCAUGGCACUACUCUCCAGCAGGGACAAUUGCACCACCAGCUGAAUUCUACGACCACUUCAAUCAGCCCAUGAAAAUAACUCCUUCCAUGAGCAGCCUUGAAGCCCUUCUCUCCAAGCUCCCUUCAGUGGUACCACCGCAAGCUUCCGGGUACUGCGAGUCACUUCCACAGUCACAGUUCUUGUCAUCACAAAGGCCUGUACAAUACAUUGGAAUGGAGAAAGCGGCAAAAGAAGAAAUUGAUGAAGAGAUUAGGCCUGAACAGGAUAUGGGUGAAAGUAGCAGCUCCAUUUCUGCAUAUCGUCGUCAACAGCAGUAUCAUCACCACCAAAAUCUUAGUGUAACAAGCGGCAGGCCCAACAAUUGAUUUUGAUAUAUAAGUGGUAUUUGGAGAUAGUAUCAUAUAUAUAUAUAAGUAGAUUGUACAGAGAUCAGUGCAUUGAUUUCUCUAACGUUUCAGUUAGAAAUCUUUUUCCCUUUGUCUCAUCGGGGUGGUGUUAAUUUUCACUAAAGUACAAGCUUUUACUUGGCAGCUUUUGUUAGUUGUUGAAGCCGUGUUUAGCCAUAGAUUCGUAGCUAGUAUAGUAUAAUGAAUCCUCAUCUUUCAGCCCUUCAUAUUUAUGAACUUAUUUCCAUGUUAGUAUGAUUCUUUAGCCCUUCGCUGAAAGCUGUAUGGUAUGGUGCAUAUUUAUAUGAUCUACUGUUACUUUUGCAGCACUGCUACCGCAUAGCUUCUAGCCUUGUACGAGUACGACGCAAUUGUGACUGUGAUCAGAAGAUAGGUAGGCGUAGGAUACUGGU